CCACGAUGCAGGCACUGCGGACCGGCCUGGCCGUGGGGCUCGGCGCUGUGCUGGGCGCGGCCGCAGAGGGCUGGCGGCGGCGGCGGGAGGCCACAGAGGCGGCGCCGGGCCUUCUGGGCCGGCUGCCAGUGCUGCCGGUGGCGGCGGCGGCCGAGCUUCCCGCCGUGCCUGCAGGCCCCGGCGAGCUGGCCAAGUAUGGGCUGCCAGGGAUCGCCCAGCUCAAGAGCCGCGAGUCGUACGUGCUUUGCUACGACCCGCGCACCCGCAGCGCGCUCUGGGUGAUCGAGCAGCUGCGGCCCGAGCGGCUCCGCGGCGACGGCGACCGCCGCUCGUGCGACUUUCGCGAGGACGACUCGGUGCACGCGUACCAUCGCGCCACCAACGCCGACUAUCGUGGCAGUGGCUUCGACCGCGGCCACCUCGCUGCCGCCGCCAACCACCGCUGGAGCCAAAAGGCUAUGGACGACACCUUCUACCUGAGCAACGUCGCCCCCCAGGUGCCCCACCUCAACCAGAAUGCCUGGAACAACCUGGAGAAAUACAGCCGCAGCUUGACCCGAACCUACCAAAACGUCUAUGUCUGCACAGGGCCUCUCUUCUUGCCCAGGACGGAGGCUGACGGGAAGUCCUACGUCAAGUACCAGGUAAUUGGCAAGAACCACGUGGCAGUGCCCACACACUUCUUCAAGGUGCUCAUCUUGGAGGCAGCAGGUGGACAAAUUGAACUUCGCUCCUAUGUGAUGCCCAACGCUCCUGUAGACGAGGCAAUCCCGCUGGAACGCUUCCUGGUGCCCAUUGAGAGCAUUGAGCGCGCCUCAGGGCUGCUCUUUGUGCCCAACAUCUUGGCACGAGCAGGCAACGUCAAGGCCAUCACUGCUGGCAGCAAGUAGGGCAGUGGCCCCAUUAGACUCUGUUUAUGAAACUCAGUGGUAUUAAAGAUGAUUAUUUUUGGA